GCUUUUGCUUUUUGCCUGCUUGCCCUCACACUCACUGGCCAGCUUCUCUUUCCUGUUCUGAACAUCUUAGAACCUGCUUCUUCAGGAUCCCAACCUCUCUAGAACCUUCCUGGGACUCUAGCACCAAAUUGAGACAGCUGACUUUAGUCUUGUGGACAACAUCAGGACCCUCUGCCUUUCCAUCAGGAGACAGCCGCUGUAGGGCUCCUCGGGCCACACCUCCUCCAAAGCCCAGAGAUGCCAAAGGAGCAGCAAGAGGUGGUUGUACUGGGGGGACCCCACAUCUCAACUUCUGCGACCACCACCACUAUCAACAUGCCUGCUGAGAUCUCCACGCCUGACCAUGUGGUCUGGUCCCUGUUCAGUACACUCUUCUUGAACGUCUGCUGCCUGGGUUUCAUAGCGUAUGCCUACUCUGUGAAGUCUAGGGACAGGAAGAUGGUGGGUGAUGUAACUGGGGCCCAGGCCUUCGCCUCCACUGCCAAGUGCCUGAACAUCAGCUCCCUGGUCCUCAGCGUCCUCGUGGUCAUUGCCUUCGUCAUUAUCUAUGCCAUUAAGCAUCUUGCAACAUCUCACAGUAGAUAACAGAUUCUGGGGCCUUCCAGGCUUGGUAUAUAUUCCACUGUCUAUAGAUGCCCCAAAGCCUAGUCUUGGUCCUGACCAUUUAUUUACCCCAUACAUAUGCAAAUGUCACACUCACACAUCUGUCCUUAGUGGAUUUAAUAAAGUGCAUGUGCUGUGA